AUGGCCCUCAAAGCUGGUAAAUCCCGAGGUCAAAGGCACGCAACACCCGGCUGGGUGGGACACGCACAGCAUCGCUCCGACGUGGGGCGUCCGUCCCGGGCCGGGAGGGCAGCUGCCGCUCUGCCCGUCCGACUUUCAAGGCAAAAUAAGCUUGCUGCUGGCCUGAGGGGGCGAAACCGGCCUCGUGGGGCCUGCGGGACUGACAGGUGGCGAGGAGGUCGCAAGCCGGGAGGGAGGGAAAGGCCUACAGCCUUGAGGUGCGCACUUGCAAACACAGAGGAGUAUAUAGAUGGUGCGUUGUCUGGACACCUGGGUGAAGUUUUGAUAAGGUGCAAUAAUGUUUUGUACAUCAGAGGUGUGGAAGAAGAAGAAGAAGAUGGAGAAAUGAGAGAAUAG